AUGACUGUCACGUCAAAUCGGCUUAAACCAAGUUGCCUGCGUCGGUAAAUCUAACUUAGGUUGCCGGCGAAAAUUUUCUUGGUUCCUCUAUAUCGUACUUUGUUGUUUUUAUAUAUGUAUUAAAAAUAUUAUAUUGCUAUAACCCAUCAAUAUGACUGUGGAGGUGCAGAACAAGUCGAAGCUGCCUCAGCUUUCGUCUGAUAAGCAACUAACAUUUAUAAAGUUAGCUGUUUUAUCGAUGGCAGCAAUUUUAUCUUUCGCAACUCGCCUUUUCUCCGUUCUACGAUUCGAGAGCGUUAUACACGAGUUUGAUCCGUAUUUUAACUACAGAACUACUCGUUUUCUUACCGAAGAAGGAUUUUAUCAGUUCCAUAACUGGUUUGAUGAUAGAGCAUGGUACCCCUUAGGGCGUAUUAUUGGUGGUACAAUUUACCCUGGCCUGAUGGUGACAUCGGCUACACUCUACAAUAUAAUGCAAUUCUUUAAUAUAACAAUUGACAUCAGAAAUGUCUGUGUGUUUUUAGCUCCCUUUUUCUCAUCUCUCACAACUAUUGUGACAUAUUUACUCACUAAGGAAUUAAAGGAUGAAGGAGCCGGCUUAGUUGCAGCUGCAAUGAUUGCAAUCGUUCCUGGAUACAUCAGUCGCUCAGUUGCUGGAAGUUACGAUAAUGAGGGAAUUGCAAUAUUCUGUAUGUUGCUAACUUACUACUUCUGGAUCAAGGCAGUUAACACAGGAACUAUCCUGUGGGCUACUAUGACUGCACUGGCAUAUUUCUACAUGGUAUCGUCGUGGGGAGGCUACGUGUUCCUCAUCAACCUCAUUCCCCUCCACGUGCUCGCCCUGAUGCUGCUCGGUCGCUUCUCAGCGCGCGUUUACGUCGCGUACAGCACCUUAUACUGCGUCGGAACCAUCUUGUCUAUGCAGAUUUCCUUCGUUGGCUUCCAACCCGUUCAAAGUUCGGAACAUAUGCUGGCUCUUGGUACGUUCGGCUUAUGCCAGCUGUACGCUUUCACACAAUACUUGCGUGAACAUCUGUCUCCGGCCAACUUUGAAUUGUUAUUCAAAGCCUUGUUGACUACACUCCUGGCAACACUCGGCACUGCGAUUGUUGUUUUAACUGUUACUGGGAAAAUUUCGCCAUGGACUGGAAGAUUCUAUUCUCUGCUGGACCCUUCGUAUGCCAAGAACCACAUCCCCAUUAUUGCGUCGGUGUCCGAGCAUCAGCCGACAUCGUGGUCGUCGUUCUACUUCGACCUGCAGGUGCUCGUGUUCCUGUUCCCAGCCGGACUCUAUUUCUGCUUCACGCGGCUCACCGAUGCGAAUAUCUUCAUCAUAUUGUACGGCGUGCUUAGUAUUUACUUUGCGGGCGUCAUGGUGCGGCUUAUGUUGGUGCUGGCGCCCGUCAUGUGCGUGGUUUCGGGAGUUGCCGCCUCCAGCCUCCUGAGUCUGCACGUCAAGGACAUCGAGCCGAAGGUCGAGAAGCACGAUAAGAAGAAGAAGCAUGAAAACAACUUCGUAUUUAGAUCUGAGGUGGGCGCGCUGUUCGUGUGCGUGCUGGGCUGCCUGCUGGUGUCGUACGUGUUCCACUGCACGUGGGUGACGUCGGAGGCGUACUCGUCGCCCUCCAUCGUGCUGUCGGCGCGCGCGCACGACGGCGCACGGAUCAUCUUCGACGACUUCCGCGAGGCCUACACCUGGCUGAAGAUGAACACUCCGCAGGAUGCAAAAGUGAUGUCAUGGUGGGAUUACGGCUAUCAGAUAACGGCAAUGGCGAAUCGAACGGUGAUAGUGGAUAAUAACACUUGGAACAAUACGCACAUAUCGCGCGUCGGCCAGGCCAUGGCCUCCAGCGAGGAGCACGCCUACGAGAUCAUGAGGGAGCUGGACGUGGACUACGUGCUGGUCAUAUUCGGAGGUCUAGUGGGGUAUUCGUCCGAUGACAUCAACAAGUUCCUGUGGAUGGUGCGCAUCGGCGGCAGCACGGAGCGCGGCGCGCACAUCCGCGAGGCGGACUACUACACGGGCGCCGGCGAGUUCCGCGUCGACGCGCACGGCUCCUCCACGCUGCUCAACUGCCUCAUGUACAAAAUGAGCUACUACAAAUUCGGACUCGUCUACACCGAAGGAGGCCGCCCCCCCGGCUACGACCGCGUGCGCGGCGCUGAGAUCGGCAACAAGGAUUUCAACCUGGACGUGCUGGAGGAGGCCUACACCACGGAGCACUGGCUCGUACGUAUCUACAAGGUGAAGCCGCUUCCCAACCGUGGCCUCUGAGCAACGACCGAGACCGACUGUGUGCUCGGUAUAUGUGCUCCGACUAAACAUUUCUUUCAAAAUUUAACAACACCGAAACCCGAGAAACGUAUCCCUCUGA